CCAUCAUUGCCAAAUCUUGCCACUCAGACAUCACCAGCAUUUCCGGUUACGUUCGAUGAGAAUGAUGCAUUUAACACCGGGCCUUCGAAGCUUCCACCGCCACCGUCAAGAUUAUAUCAGAAUGCUCCUGUUGCAAUGACUACCACAAAUGAACAGGACAUGUUCACGGUGAUGUGGGAACAAAUCAAAAAUGUUCCACUUAGUAACAUUGCGCAAAGAAGCGAAUCACCGCAGCCUCUCAUUCCCACUAGACCAACGCAAGACUUGUCUUCAACAGCGAAACCUUCAACUUCAUCGUCAAUACCAACGACAACCUCGGAACAAAUUUAUGCAGUUUAUCCAGCGUUGUACGAGGAGCCUCCAGUGGAAUCGAUCUAUCCAAAUAUUCCUUCCUACGAUACUCCUCCGGUUGAAAAUGGACGACUUCCAUCGAUUGGAAAAAUGACCGCUCAAUUUGAUUUUAAGCCAGUUGGUCCGAAUCAGAUCCAAAUAACUGCUGGAGAGAAUUUAGAUUUGAUACAACCAGUUGGUCCAAAUCAGAUCCAAAUAACUGCUGGAGAGAAUUUAGAUUUGAUACAAGCGCACGACGAUGGCGGAAACUCGGAGUGGAUCUGGGUUCAACGAUUAGAUGGCGAGCACGGCUUUGUACCGGCUGCUUACUGUAAAGCAGUAUAG